AUGGGCGUUGUAAAUCUUGCAUCUGAUCCGGGGACGACCCUCCUGCGUUUCGCCUCCGGGAACGGACCGGUAACCCGCCGCAUCCUUCGGACUCCGCUCCGCGAUGCCCUUCCUACAGAGAUCCCAGUCAUCGAUAUCUCGCUCGCAUUUAGCCCUGAACUUAAGGACCGGAAGACUGUGGCUCAGCAGAUUCGCAACGCUGCCACGACAUCCGGCUUCUUCUACCUGAUCAACCAUGGCAUCGCGUCUUCAGUCACUGAUUCAGCCCAUACAGCCUGCCUAGAGUACUUCCGCCAGGAUGAAGAGACAAAGAUGCGCUCAUGGGUUGGGAAGAGUCGCUACUUCAACGGGUACAAACCGCCUGGAUCUCAGCGAAUCAACAAGUCAGAGAGCGUCGAUGUCCGCGAGUCAUUUAGCUGGACGUACGACCCUCGCCACGACCCUGAUGUGGUCGACGUCAAUGCUAUUCCUGCGGAGGCGAGGAAGCUUUUGCGGAUUGAGGACUUCCACUGGGAUGGCACGGCCAAUCAGCCGCACUUCAAAGAAGCCAUCAUUCUAUAUUGGCAAUCCUGUUUGAAACUCGCUCGCGUCCUGGUUCGCUCCUUUGCGCUAUCGCUUGAUCUACCUGAGGAUCACUUUGAUGCCAAAUUCGCGUACCCUGAUGCUGCGCUGGCGCUGAACUACUACCCACCUCUCAGUUCCUCGGCCACCGUGGAUUCAGACUUCAACAAGACAGUUUCCAUAGGAUCGCACACAGACUUUCAGCUUUUUACCAUUCUAUGGCAAGACUCGGUUGGGGGCUUGCAGGUACUAAACCGCCAGGGGCAAUGGAUCAGGGCCGCACCUAUCCCUGGGACGUUUGUCGUCAACAUUGCCGACUACCUGCAGCGCAUCACGAAUGAUCUCUACGUCAGCACAGUACAUCGAGCCCAGAACUUGAGUGGAGAAGAGCGAAUCAGUAUGCCCUUCUUCUUUGGCUUCGGCCUGCAUGAAAGCUGCGGCGUGAUCGACACCUGCGUCAAGGAAGGGGAGAAGCCAAAGUACGAAGAGAUCGGCUGUGAAGCUUGGGUCCAACGAAGAGCUCGGGCGAUGCACCAGGUUGACUCUGAUGACGAAAACGACUGUGCGCAGUUCUCUUUGCUAACUCAUCAUCUUUCAACCCGACGUGGAGGGAACUCAUUCUUCUGCAGCACUUUGUUGUAUGUCUUCGUAUUUGUUCUACAGCCUCAAGCUUUGAGUGACGCGGCUUCCCAAAACUUCAUCUCCAACAACCCGAUCACAACGAAUGGCCAGCCAGUUGAUGGUCUCUCAAGAUGGCUGGAGGACUUUUCUCGCUCAGUCAUCCCAAUCAUGUGUCAUUCUCACAAUGAUUACUGGAGGCCGUACCCCCUUUACUCGGCCCUCGCAGCAGGCUGUACCGGCGUGGAAGCGGACAUCUGGCUGAGCGACGAUGGUUCCGAGUUGCUUGUUGGCCAUGACAGACAUGAACUGUCCUCCAAGAAAACUUUGCGGUCCAUGUACCUUGAUCCUUUAAUGAAGAUUCUCGAUACCAUGAAUCCUCCAGAGCAGUGGUCGAACUUCAGCCGAACAGAUCGGCCGCAGGGUGCUUUCCGAAGUCAACCGAACAUCACGAUAGUCUUGCUGCUGGACAUCAAGAGUGAUCCGUAUAAGACGUGGCCAGUGGUAAUGGAGCAGCUUGGAUCCCUGCGGGAAAAGCUCUUCCUGACACGCUACGAGGUAAUACAUACCGAGCCGGGCUUCAGACUCAGGCAAGAUAUAUGGCCGGGUCCUGUCACCGUCGUGGGUACGGGCAAUCUUAUGGAAGAUCGCAUGAUAAACCACUGGCCAACGAAUGAGCUCUAUCAUCAGUAUCACGACACAUUCCUCGACGCGCCGUUGGACCAACUUCCCAAGGAUAAUUGGCGCCAGUAUAAUGAGUAUGGCUACUUUACCUCUCAGCUGUGGCAUGAGGAAGACACCUAUUACACAUCCGUAUCAUUUCAACAAAGUAUCGGAUCAGUCCGCACCGGCUUCAGUAAUGAGCAACUUGCAAAGCUACGGAAGCAGAUCAGUACUGCAAAGUGGUCAGGCCUCAAAUCUCGGUAUUGGGACCUGCCAAGCUGGCCAAUCUCUUACCGCGAUUACGUCUGGGAAGUGUUGACAAGCGAGGGAGUCGACAUGUUGAAUGUCGAUGAUUUACAGAGCGCAGCGAGAAGAGGUUGGACAAAGGGCUACGUGCAAAGCGUGAUAUGGGUGGCCUUGACUUCGUCUGCAAUCUUUCUCACUGGUAUUACGAUGACAUGGUUUGGAUUCCGGGCUAUCAAAAAGAAUAUGAAGGGUCUUCAAUGUCAGGGGAUCGUGUUGGCAUAA